AUGAAAGGAUUUAUGAUGAAUUUGGAUUUUCAUGACAUUGGCUAUAUUGGGCCAAGGUUUACUUGGUGUAACAACAAGGAUGGGACCUCACGUAUUUGGGAGAGAUUGGACAUAUGUCUUUUGAACUCAUCUUCCAUUCAAAAGAUCCCUCUAGCUGUUAUUAAACACCUAGCAAGAAUAGCUUCAGAUCAUAGUCCAAUUGUUCUUAAAUUGGAUGCUGAAGCUCGUUUCAAGUCUAAAAUUAUCAGAUUUGAAGAUACUUGGAGAUCUUAUCCGGCAUGUAAGGGUAUUGUCAGCCAUUCAUGGAAGAAAAAAGAUGUGGGAAAUGAGAAUGUAGUGCUUCAGAAGAAGACCAACCGAACUCUAAAAGCAUUAUUUUUUUGGAGUAGAAACAAAUGCAAAGACUUGAAUACUCUAAAGGAAAAUCUAAAAAAUGAGAUUAUUGAUCUUCAAAGGAAGGAGGCUUUGGGGGAGAGUUGGACUGAUGCAGACCUUAAAUUGCUCCGUAAUAAAGUACAUGAGUUUAAUGUUACUUUUAGAAGGUUAUCUACUUGGUGGAACCAAAGAGCAAAAGCUAAAUGGCAUAAAGAAGGUGACAUGAAUUCUAAACUUUUCCACAAUUUUGCAACGGCUCGUAGAAAUGGGAAUAAAAUUAAUCAAAUCAAAGAUGAGUCCAACAAUGUAGUAGUAGAUGAGGAUCAAAUCCAGAAAGUUUUUUGUGACUUUUUUUAG